AAUUCCUCUAUUGAAUCAAACCUGCUUUAUAUAUCAUUUUCCUCACUGGCUGUAUGUUUUAGUCUUGUGGCGGGCUCUUUGCAUUAUAACAGCAGAGUUUAUGUAAAUAGUUUUACCUCUCGAGCGACAUCUGCAAGCCAGCAGGUAUUUCAUUGAUCCGACGUGCAGCGAUCGAGUUCACAAAGCUUGAUGUCCGCAGUUUGUGUUUCUGUGCUGAAGGCUGAAACUGCGCCAUUUGCUGAUUACAGAAGUCAGUCUUGCGUGUCAAGUUUUUCAUGGUUUCCCUUUAAGAUGACAGUAGGCACGCUGUUCCUGUUUACGGUCACACGGCCUGUCGCUGUACCUGUUCCAGGGCUUUUAAGCCGCUCUAACAGUUCAGUCCUGUGUGAUAUCAUGGAUCCCACAGGCCUCGGACCCGGAGUUAACUCGAGAAAAGCCGAGCAAAAUUUUUGCAUGAAAAGACACGGCUGAAGGCGGACCUGCUGCCGCGCCGGACUGGGGUGUAUCCAGCCAGGAGCCGCGGCGUCUCGAGGGGAGCGAGAGAGAGAGAGAGAGUGUGGUAAAAGCAGAGCUUUCCCUCCGAUGUGACCAUGCGAAAGCAAUUCAACCUCCUGAAACAGUUUGGAUCUGUGGGGAAGACACAAGAUGCGACUGACCUGCUCACAGAUGACCUAGUGUUGAUGGAGCAGAGGAUAGAGCCCACCAAAAAGGCUGCCCAUAUCAUUCACAAGAGGCUGUCUGGUUGUCUGCAGAGUCAGCUGGGGUUAGAUGCAGAGAAGCGCACGAAAAAACUCCCACUAAUGAUGCUGUCAAUGAGCAUGGCGGAAAGCCUGAAGGACUUUGAUGGAGAUUCUCCAAUUAGAAGAGUGCUGGAGAUGUGCUGCUUCAUGCAGACGCUCCUGGCAAAGACACUGGCAGACUUCGAAGUCCAGCUGGAAAAGGAAGUUCUGGAGCCCCUGAUUAAACUCAGUGAGGAGGACUUGCCAGAGAUUCUAAAGAAUAAGAAGCAAUUCAAUAAGCUGACUACAGACUGGCUCAAUGCACGAAGUCGGUCUCAGGCCAGCUCGGGUCCCCAGGCCAAGCAAGACGGCCUCAGAGAGGAGGUGGAAGAGGCCUGGAGGAGGCUGGAGAGCAUGAAGGACCAGUACUCUGCAGACCUCUACCACUUUGCCACUAAAGAGGAUGACUAUGCCAGUUAUUUCACCCGACUGUUGGAACUACAGGCUGAGUAUCAUGAAAAGUCACUGGGCCUCCUAGAGAAGAACAUUACAGAACUAAAGGAAAACCAAUGCCCAUCAGCGCCCAGGCUGAGCAUCUCAUGCAGGAAGGUGUACGGGCAGCCCCUGCUCUCCCACCUGAUGGAAAGCGAGAAACAGAUUGCGGUACCCAUCCAGGAGUGCAUCCACAUGCUGCUGCAGACUGGCAUGCGUGAGGAGGGUCUGUUCAGGCUGGCGGCAGCAGCCUCUGUGGUGAAGAGGCUAAAGAGCAGCCUAGACAGUGGCAGUGUGGACCACAGCGAGUUCAGCACUGACCCUCAUGCCGUAGCGGGUGCCCUGAAGUCAUACCUAAGAGAGCUUCCUGAGCCCAUUAUGACUUUUGACCUCUACAAUGAUUGGUUCAAAGCAGCAGGUGAAAAGGAGCUUUCAGACAGGCUGAAAAGGCUGAAGGAGGUGCUGGGGAAGCUUCCUGUGGAGAACUACAACAAUCUUCGUUACCUGAUCCAGUUCCUGGCCCACCUUUCAGAGCAACAAGCAGUGAACAAGAUGACCCCCAGCAACAUUGCCAUUGUGCUCGGGCCCAACUUGUUGUGGCUACGGACUGAGGGGGAGGACGUGACAUUCACCAUGGCAUCCGCCUCCUCUGUGCAGGUGGUUUCUGUGAUUGAGCCACUCAUACAGUAUGCUGACAGACUGUUCCCUGAAGAGGUGGAUUUUGCAGUGCCUGAGUUGCCCAAGAGCCCAGAUCAUGCAACGUCAGAAUCCUCAUCCCCUGGUCCUAUGUCAGAGUUUCCCACUGUCCCCACAUACUCUUUCAGACCUUUAGACACCGAUAGCACCCCAUUGUCACAGAAGAUCUCUGAGACCCUCCUCUCCAGGUUAGGGUUUACGUGUGAGAUUCCAUCCACCGUCCUGACCGCUCAGGAGCCUGUGAACAGCCCAGAACAGCUCUCAGCUGCUUGCCCAACUCAUACGCAGGGGCCUGGUCCAUCAGAGUCAACCCUUAAUGAGAGUCCAUGUCCACCUGGAGCGACAGCAGCACCACCUAAAGCAAAAAGAGCCAACGUGCAACAGAAGCCAUCACUUCCAUUAACCAGGGAGGUAAAGAAGGGGGACGAUGGCUACUGCAAGAUACCAGCCCCGACACCUCCCUCUGGUCAGGGGGUGCCUUCUAAAGUCCAGCCUCCUCACUCACUUCAGCAUCAGGAUCCGCUGAGCAAGAAGACUGGGAACAAGAAGUGUAAUGUGAAAGCCCCCACCUUCCCACCCCCAAACCCACCUCAGCUAAUCAACAAGCAUCUGUCCUCCCUAGCUCAAUGAUCAUGAUCUUCAGCAUUUACAUGUAUUACUCCACAGCACUUGUUUCAAUUCUACAUAUGUCCUUUUCACUUCCUCUAGAACAUCUCAAUUUAAAUCCAAACUAUUGUAAUUCAGGCUGAUUUGUACGCUGUUUACAUAAUUUGGGAGCUGAGAACUAUUGAACUGCCCCCAUUUGUUUCCAGCCUUACAGUGUUUUGUCUAUCACAUGAUCACGGUGAUCCUCAGUUCUAGAUUAAAACGAUCAAGAUUAAAACCAUCUUUGAUUUUGGAUUAUAACAUUAAAAAAUAAACCCAGAUCAGCUGUUAAAUUUCUAAAUAUGUGUUAUC